AUGCACUCUUCCACUCUGGGUGGUGCACGGCUGCCGCAUGCCCAGCUCCCUCAUGCUCAGCUCCCCGGUCCCGCCAUGAUGACUGGGCCACGGGGUGGUCGGGGCAAAAAGCUCACACCGCAGGAAGAUGCAAUUCUUCGUGAAAUAUGUCAUGCCCGCAAAGGGAGUGCAAAUUAUUCUUCAUUCACCAAGGCUUUUUGGCGUCAGGUGUCUUCUGAAUUCCAUGCACGAACCGGUCGCUCGUAUUCGUGGCAGUCCUGCCGCCGCCGCAUGCUCUCGUGGGAGGCUAGUAACCAAACUCUAGAGUCGCCGGCACCUUCAUCUCCUGUGCCUCCAUCCUCACUGGGUGGGUUCUACCAAAACAUCCCUGAAGGCUCUUCUGCAAGUAACCGAGACGUGCUGCAAAAACAUGGUGGUGUGACCAGUAUGAAUGAAUCUGACGGCGAAGAUGACGAUCUUCCUCCGGCUCCUAUUUACCGUUCCGCUAUUCACUACAGUACCAAUCAUGAACUUCAAGUGGAUAUGCUUCGUGGCGAUGUCGUCGCCAUGGUGAACAACGGAGUUGUGGCGAUGGAAUCCCAGAUGCGCUGCUUCGCCACUGCGAUUGCCGACGAUCCAGAUGACCUUGAUUCUAUUGUGAAAACUUUCGAUUGCUUCAAGCUUACUAUGAAAUCUGUCCUGGAAAAGUACAAGCAUGCCCUAGAUGAGGACAGCGCACAGUGA